ACAAAGUUUAGUAAAUCUAUAGUUUUAAUAAAAAUAAAACAAAUUUUAUUGGAUUUUAUUUUUCAAACAAAAUGAAUUGUUAAUUAUAAAUUGACGUGUUUAAAGUAAACCUUUAAAAUAAUAAAUAAAUUCGAACUAAAUAUUUCAAAAAUUUUACGCGUUUUUUUUUCGUUGCGUUAAACUAGCUGCUUAGUGUGGAUUUAUCUUGAAACCUUUAAAACGCUUAUUCACACAAAAAUAACCAACCAAAACUACAACAAAGUAUGUGUCAAUUUUACAACUAAUUUACAACUUUACUCAAAAAAAAAAAAUAAAAUUACCAAAUAAAUAUAAAAAGUAAAAAAAAAAAUAAAUAAUAUAACCAAAAAAAUAUAUUAAAUAAACAAAAUCAACAUCAUCAUUAUUAUUAUUUGACAAAUUGACAACAAUUUUGAACAAUUUGGUCAGAAGAACAAGAAAAAAGCUGAAUCUAAAAAUAAUAAAAAAAAAGCUAACAACUAUACCACCAAAUUUGACAGUUACUGGAUUAAAAUAUUAAUACUCAUUCCAAAACCAUUCCAUCGAUUUAUUCAUUCAACUUUGUGUGUACUACACGGUGCCAUUCAGUUGAAUCUUACUCGUUUUGAAAUUUUUUUUUCAAUACUGGAUAUUUUAUGUGCUGACAAGUUUGCAUUAUAACGUUUGCAAAGCAUGAAGGGUUGGUUUGAUGCAUUUCGAGACGAUGGUGGACCCACAUUGUAUUCAUUUUCAAAUCGCACACCCGUAACGGGUGAUGUCUCGAUUGUUGCCGUAUCUGUAUUAUUUGCAACAUUUUAUGUUGCUUUCUUAGUUAUAUUUCCAGGUGUAAGAAAACAGAAAUUCACAACAUUCUCAACCGUCACAUUAAGUCUUUUUGUGGGACUAGUCAUAUUAAUCACAAGACUCGGUUCAGCAUGGCAUGUUGCACAUACAACAAUUAUAGCACCAUACAAAGCAUUCUCGCGUGAGAAAUUACCAGCUCGCAUAGGAACCCAUAUUGGUUUAAUGCAUGUCAAUGUUACAUUGACGGCCAUACCCGUUGGCAAUUGGACACCACCCGACAUCGAUUACAAUGAACGUUUCACUUGGGAGGGUGCCACCGAUAUGAGUAAUAAUUAUCGCGAUGCAUUGAAGCGUGGUUUGCCAUUUCCCAUCUUAACCGUGGCUGAGUACUUUAGUCUUGGCCGUGAAGGCUUUUCGUGGGGUGGCCAAUAUCGUGCCGCCGGCUAUUUUGCCAGCAUAAUGCUGUGGGCCUCGUUGGCCUCUUGGCUGCUAAUGAAUUUGUUACUUAUCGCUGUGCCACGGUAUGGUGCAUACAUGAAGGCAUUAACUGGUGCACUGUUGAUUGGCACGAAUGUGGGUUACUAUUGUCAACUGCCCAAGAGGCCAUUAACAAUUUACAUGGAGGGUGGUCGUUUGGAAUUUCAUUUGGGUUGGUGUUAUUGGCUGUUGCUGGUGGCAGGCAUUUUAUGCUUUGUAGCGGGUGUUUUAAUAUCCAUCAUCGAUUUGGUAUGGCCUCAUACAUUCUCCACCGUCUUAGAGGUCUACUAUGGUACACCCUAUGAUCGUCAUGUUAUCUUGGAGGAGUCAAGUGAUGUGCGUUAUCGCAAGCGCACCAGUCGCAGUCUAGAAGAUCCUCCCGGCUUAGGAUCUCGCAUAUUGAGACGCUUGUCUUCGAAGGCUCGCGAUAAUUCGCACAUACAACAACAACAGCAUCGUGGCAGUUCGGGCAGUAAUAUGCCUGUACACAUGGCGGGCCAUGUCCAUCCCCACCCUCACAUGAAUACGGGUGUUGAGAAUAAGGGAUUCCAAAGUGAUGUGCCCAAGAGCCCAUGGCGUUAUCCGUUCCGUAGGGCCCAGCAGAUGCAGUCACAUCCCAUGCAUAUGCAAAGAACUUUGUCACAAGAUUCGGGUUCAUCGAUGGGUUCGGCGGCCAUACAAAUAUCACCUUUGCACAAACAUGCUUUGUCGAGAAUGUUACCAACGCCUCCUGUUAAUCGCAUAAGAGACAUGGAUCACUGGUGAUGAUCUUCAUGAUGUAUCUAUUCUUGGAUAAUGAAAGCAAAAAAUAUGAAAACGAAAUGAUGUUUUUAUAAAGCAUUGGCUGGUUUUCUAUAUUUUUUUGACUUUCUACAUAAAAAAAUUUACUUUUAAUUUAAUUAUUUAACGGACGUAACUUAUUUGUGAUAAAUUUUAUUAUUUUUAUAAACAAUUGACCCUCUAAUAUAUAAUAAUGGACAAUAAUUUAACAAACAAAAAAACAAAUGAAUGAAAAAAGAACCCGACGAACGAAUUAGUUUAAAUUUUUAUUUUAUUUGUUUUUGAAUUAAUAAUUUUUAAGGUUAAAUUUUAAGUACAACAACAGCCAUUUUAUAGCUAGAAAAAAUACAGAUUAAACACAAAAAACUAUAUGAAUUAUUAACUAAUAUUUAACACUAAUGAAAAAAAAAAACAAAUCAAAAUAAAACAAUUUUAAAAUUUAAGUGAUGAUGUCAUUGUGAUAAUCCCUGCAACAAUAUGAAACAAAAAAACUAUUAAAAAAUAUAUUUAAAUUAUUAAAAAAUAAAAUGAUGAUAAAAUGAUAGUUUAAGCAGAGGCUUAACAAUUAAUUUCUUUAGUUAACAAUUGUUUGAAGUUUGAAUUGCGUGAAGCCCAACGCCUCUGUUUUAAAUUAUUUUUUUUUUAAAUCUCUGUCCCUUUUUCGCCUUUCGGUUUUAUAAACAAUGUAUUCAUUUUUUAAAAUUAAGCUACAAAUAUCUAUAUAAUGUAAUUCCUUUUAAUAAGUUUUAGUUUGUUUUAUUAGGUUUUUUUAUUUAAUUUAAUUUUUAAACAAAAUUGGCUUUUAGUUUAUUAUUAUUAUUUAGUAGAAAUUUUAACAAAAUUAUUUAUUUUAUUGUCUUUCUUUUUAAUAUUGUGUUAAGCCUUUUAUUUCUGCUAUUUUUAUUUUUAAUUGUCAAAAGCAUUAUUAUUUAAUUUAUUUAUUUACUUACUUUUAUAGUGUCUGUUUUUCUUAUCACAAAUUUUAAUUAUAAGCAGAGCGUUUUAGAGAAAAAGCGAAAUUAUUGUAUGUAGAAUUAAAAAUUCUUUAAGUGAUUUAGUAAAUACAACGAAGUUGAUCAAGAUUUAUGUGAAAUUAGUUUUAAGAAUAUGAGAAAAUAAUAAAAAUUGAUAUAGACAUUAAAAGAAUACUAUUAAAAUUAAAACGAAA